AUGUCGAUGAGAUUAUCAUUGCAGCUUUUUAUAGAACUUGACAGUAAACUUAUCUUCUGUCAAACACGCAAUUUAGUCAACCCAGUUAUCUUGGAACAAAACAUUAAAGGAAUGCAAGUACCAGUGCUAACGGCGGCGAACAGACGAAAAAAAAUGAUUGACAUUCGCUUUGUACUUGCGUUGUGGUCAAGUGUUGCUCUCGCACAGCUUACCACAAGAACAUCCAAUACCAUCACCAUAACUGAUCGUUCUGGCAAUGGUCUAACCGCAAUACCUCUCCAAAUCGGUCGCCCAUUCAUUCAAGGUGAAAUUCCAUCAGUGCCAGGUGUCAAAUUUAAUGGAACAAUUAUUACCUCACAAACUGAAGUAACCAACAGAUAUCCUGAUGGUUCUGUCAAGUUUGCCAUAAUCUCUACCAUUCUACCAAAUAUCCCUGCAAAUUCCUUUGGCUAUUUAACAUUUUUCUCCACAACUCCACAUGUUGGUUCUUCAUGUUCAAUAAGUGGCAUGUUAAAUGAUCAACCAGAGUUGGAAGUAAAGAUUAAACUGGAAGGAAAUUCAACUGAGAGUAACAUUAGUCUCAGAGAUAUGAUUUCAAAAGGUUUAUACAAGUGGACAACUAAUGGACCUGUAAGAUGUGAAUUAAUUGUUGCAGAUCAUUCUAUUGAGAGAAAGGCAGAUGUUGGAUUGGGAGGCCCAAAAUCAUUUAGACCAAUCUUUCAUCUUUCACAUUGGAGUAAUGGAAAGGUUCGUGUGAGGAGUAUCUUGGAAAAUUCAGUCAUGGAUACAUUGCAAGAUGUACAAUAUCAUGUCUCAAUUUAUACAGGUGUCAGCAAUCCUCAAUUAUCACACAAUCAAGCAAAUGUCACUCAUUGGUUUGGUGCUCGUUGGACACGUAUUAAUUGGUUUGGAGCUGAGCCAGAAAUCAAAUAUGAUCUCAAUUACAAUGUUGAAUAUUUGGCCUUGACAAACUAUGUUCCAAAUUAUUCACUCAAUGACACUUACACGCCAUCUCAAAUCUCUUCAUAUUAUAAUACAUUUUUAACAAGACCAAGAGGUAUCUUUGAACAAGGUUUUUGGACAAAAGGAAUGCCAACAACAGGAAUGAGAGAUGACAUUGGUGUCAUGCCAGAAUGGACUGCAUACUGGUUGUGUAAUGGAGAUUGGAGAAUGAGACAUAUAAAUUUGAUUCAAUCUGAUUUGGCAGAUGGUAUCUAUGGACGUGGCAUGAGUGGAUAUGCUGGAAUUAAUGAUCAAUUGAGAGGAAUUGCAUGGACUGCAAGAACUAGAAUGUACGCUGCCAUUCUCUCACCAGAUGAAUCCAUUGAAAGAUCUUUCUUCUAUGAAACAAUUUAUGAUGCCAUUGCAUAUUGGGAAGGAGUGAGAGGAAUUGAUGAUCCUCGUUUCAAUACUCGUCCAAAUUAUCAAUGGGCAAGAAAAAACAAUGCCUGGACAUGGUCUCCAUUAAGAUUCUUUUUAAGAGAUACAAAUGGUAGAAUUGCUGCUUUCUGGCAAGAGAGUAUGAUGUUAAUUGUUUUGGGAAUGAUGAGAGAUUUGGAUUUCCCAGUUGAGCCACUAUUGAGCGAAUAUCACAAGGUGUUAACAACUCAAUUAUAUGCUACUGGACAUGAUUAUCGUUAUAUGGCUUAUUAUUGGGCUUUUGUAAUGCAAAAUUCCACAUACAGUUAUAAAUGGUACGAAACAUGGAAAGAAUUCAAAGAGCAAAAUGAUGCACAACAAAUUCAAAGAAGUCAAGAUGCUGUAAAUGGAUGGUUGACUGGAAAUUUCUAUGCCAAAAUUGCCUCAUGUGCAAGUUCAUUCCUUGUCAAGUACACUGGUGGUCCUGAAUUAUAUGCUACUGCCAAGAAGGAAAUUUAUGACAAGUUCCCCAUGUCUUUUGAAUAUAGAUCUUUCAAAAUUUAUCCAAGACAAGAUAUUACACCAAUAUUUAGAGAUGUUAGUACUAUACCAAGACCAGAUUCUUCAUUGAAUGUACCAGGAGGAGGUGGCCAAACCUCCAAUCCAAAGAAGGCCAUCUCUAGAGCUUCCAAUGUUGUAAUGAGUGCAGUUACAAUGCUCAUUCUUGUUAUCUUUUCUGUUUUAUUAAACUGA